AGUGUGCUGGGAUGAGAGCUCUGCGCACACGUCACACUCUCCUCUGUGCUGCAAUGGCUCUAACUGGAGUGUGAUCAGCAGCAGAAUCCGCAGACGCAGCAUCCAGCAUGUCCGUCCGAGAGGUCCAGGCUGCAGAGAGGGUCUCCACCUCCGCGUACUCCUCACCAGCGCGGAGUCUGGGGGAUCCAGGAAUUACGCCGCUCUCCCCGUCUCACAUCGCUGCGGACUCAGAUGCCGGCUCGGUGGAUGAACAGAACUUCUCGGUGGUGGUGGCCAUUGAUUUUGGCACGACUUCCAGCGGAUACGCCUUCAGCUUCGCCAAGGAGCCGGAAUGUAUUCAUAUCAUGAGGCGGUGGGAGGGCGGAGACCCCGGAGUAUCCAAUCAGAAGACCCCAACCACAAUACUUCUUAUGCCGGACAGAAAGUUUCAUAGCUUUGGGUUUGCCGCCAGAGAUUUCUACCAUGACCUGGACCCCAGCGAGUCCAAACACUGGCUGUACUUCGAGAAGUUCAAGAUGAAACUGCACAGCAGUACCGAUCUCACUAUGGAAACCGAUCUGAUUGCCGCCAACGGCAAGAAAGUGAAAGCUCUGGAGAUCUUCGCCUACGCGCUGCAGUACUUCAAGGAGCAGGCACUGAAGGAGCUGAGUGACCAGGCCGGGUGUGAUAUGGAGAACAGUGAAGUCCGAUGGGUCAUCACCGUCCCCGCCAUCUGGAAGCAGCCGGCCAAGCAGUUUAUGCGACAAGCGGCGUACAAGGCCGGGCUGGCGUAUCCUGAUAACCCUGAGCAGCUCAUCAUUGCAUUGGAACCCGAAGGAGCGUCCAUCUACUGCCGAAAACUGCGCCUUCAUCAGAUGAUCGACCUCAGCAAUAAGGCCGCCAUUAACGGGGUCAGCCCUACUGAUCCAGCUAAGGACCACACGCGGAGGAACCGGCAGAGCCGAGUUUUUAUGGUGGAGAACGUGAUUGGAGAGUUAUGGUCGGAGCUGGAGGAAGGUGACAAGUAUGUGGUGGUAGAUUGCGGCGGAGGAACUGUAGACCUUACGGUGCAUCAGAUUCGCUUACCCGAAGGUCAUCUGAAGGAGCUCUACAAAGCGUCAGGGGGGCCUUAUGGUUCUCUCGGGGUUGACUACGAGUUUGAGAAGCUCCUCUGUAAAAUAUUUGGAGAUGAUUUCAUCGAUCAGUUUAAGGUGAAGCGCCCGGCUGCCUGGGUAGAUCUCAUGAUUGCCUUCGAGUCCCGCAAAAGAGCCGCCGCGCCGGACAGGACCAACCCACUAAAUAUCACCUUACCCUUUUCCUUCAUCGAUUAUUACAAGAAAUUCCGGGGCCACAGUGUGGAGCAUGCACUGCGCAAGAGCAAUGUGGAUUUUGUCAAGUGGUCCUCGCAGGGAAUGCUGAGAAUGAACCCCGACGCAAUGAAUGCCCUAUUCAAGCCAACCAUGGACCACAUAAUUGAACACAUGUCCAACCUGUUCCAGAAGCCGGAGGUAAGCGGAGUAAAGUUCCUCUUUCUGGUUGGCGGGUUUGCAGAAUCUCCAUUACUCCAGGUAGCUGUGCAGCAGGCAUUUGGUAAUCAGUGUCGCGUCAUCAUCCCCCAUGAUGUGGGUUUGACCAUCUUGAAGGGAGCUGUCUUGUUCGGCCUGGAUCCGGCUGUCAUCAAAGUUCGCCGCUCACCUAUGACGUACGGAGUUGGAGUCCUCAACCGAUAUGUGGAGGGGAAGCACCCAGCGGAGAAGCUUCUGCUGAAGGAUGGCACGCGGUGGUGCACAGAUGUGCUGGAUAAAUUCAUUCUGGCUGACCAGUCGGUGGCUCUGGGGGAGACGGUGAAACGCAGCUACACGCCAGCCAAACCUUCCCAACUGCUCAUCAUCAUCAAUGUUUACUGCUCUGAGCAAGAUGACGCCAACUUCAUUACCGACCCCGGCGUACGGAAGUGCGGCACCUUGAAGCUUGACCUGACUGGAGUGGACAGCACGCCAGUCCCAACACGAAGGGAGAUCCAAACUAUCAUGCAGUUUGGGGACACUGAGAUUAAAGCCACCGCCCUUGACAUCACCACCUCAAAAAGCGUAAAAGUUAGCAUCGAUUUCUUAAACUAGAACUCCACCUUCCUCUAAUCCCUGUCGGCGCUUGCCCAGCUUCCGGAGAAAUAGUCCCAGCUCUUCUGUAUCCUGACAGUCCCGGGACCCGAUUAUAUCAUGCAGCUAAUUUUUGGGAUUAGCGCCAUCCUCCAACCAUCAGCAUAAGAGAACCUGGAAGCCAUUUGGGAGUUUUAAUUCCUCAGUUGUUGGAGGUCAGCAGGUUGACCACUGGUGGUGCUCUCCUUCAUGCUUCUCUUAUAUUGCUCAACCAGCAAACAUCUAACCCAGGCGUGUCAAUGUGUAUUUUAUACAUUUUGCUGCCUGCGGUCCUCUGACUCCUCAUAUGUCUCAAUGAAUGAGGCCCAAACGCGUUGUACAACAGAACCUGUGAAGACUAACAUACAAGAAAUGCCAAGGCUGACUUGCUUGUUAAUGGUACCGGCUCUGGGAGUAUCCUCCUCAUCCUGAACCCACUUUACCACUUAUUAAUUUGAAACAAGGACCCAACUAUUUUGAAAAGUCAAUGUGCCCAUUUUUCAUGGUGCUGGUCAAUGACUCUCUGAGUUGUGAAACUGGGGGUGAGGAUGAGGUCUGAGAGCCUGCUCUUAAAAAGUCAAUGGCAGCUUCCAUAUUGGUCCUCAUAGGUUUCCUUUACGGUUCAAAAGCCAUUAAGAAUUUUUUUAUUUUGUUGCUGAGAAGAUCAGAAAAUAUUCUGUGGCCCUUUAAGUGUCUCCAAGUUGCAAUAAUCUGGCACACCAAAAAGAAAAAACAAAGGGAGCAUUCACACCUAGGCAUGUAUACCGUAUUCCACAUCUCCAUUUGUUUGUCUGUGGGGGUUAUUUACUAAAGGCAAAUCCACUUUGCACUACGAGUGCAAAGUGCAUUUGAAAUUGCACUGAAAG